GAAGCGUCGGUGCGCACCUCCCCACUGUAAUCUGGCUGAGCAGCAGCGUCGCUGUCUUUUCAGCACCGCUCACUGACACACUAACCAAGCGGAGAGGAGAGGAGAGACGAGCGAAACUCACUUCCCUGCAAACCAAAGUGGAUUUUUAAACGAUAAAACAGCACCAUGCAACUUUUGCUUUUCUUCCAGGGAAGGAAAUAAGAAACCCAGACUUUAAAUCAUCUGCUGAAUGUAAGAGUUUAGGUUCAUUUGUUUAUUUCUCCUCAGACAGGACUGUCAAGUGUAUUUUUUUUAUAAACUUAGUUUGAUCUUUUUACUUGAGAGAGGUUUAUUCAUCAGUGCUUUGAGGAGUCGUUUGUUUUUGAUAUAUUACGCGGAGUUUGUGAUCCUAUAGUCGGGAUGCUGACUUUAGUGGUUGGACUGCUGUAUCUGGUCAGUGGACGCACAGCUCGGAGCCAGGAUGCCACAGGUAGCCGCUUCGUUUGUAACGCCAUUCCCCCGGGUGCAGAGCCAGGCUGCGGGUAUAUUUCUGCGGGAAACCGCGUCCAGAGCAACAGCCCCGUGGAGGACGAGUUGCGGAACACGAUCAUCCAGCUGCGGGAGACCAUCCUGCAGCAGAAGGAGACCAUCGUGAGCCAGCAGGGAACCAUUAAGGAGCUCAACUCCAAGCUGACGCGCUGCGAGGUGACAGUUGAAGUGUCGCCCCAGGGAAAGUCCCGAGUGCAGGGCUCCAGACGGAAGGACUACGGUAAGAACACGAUGGGCGACCUGCCCCGGGACCCCGGCGAGACCAUAGACCAGCUCGGAAAGACCAUGCAGAGUCUCAAGGGUCGUCUGGAGAACUUGGAGCAACAAAGCGUUCGUCUCCCCAGCACCAACGUGUCAGCUGCAGGUGUCUCCGCUCUGACUCCUCUGCCACCAGAGCUGCGGGAGCUGCUGCGGCAGCGUCUGGAGGCACUGGAGACCCAGCUCCUCCGCAAGGUGGCUGAGCUGGAGGAGGAGAAGAGCCAGCUCUACAAUGAAACAGCGGCCCACCGCCAACGCACCGAGAGUACUCUCAAUUCCCUCCUGGAGAGGAUCACCGAGCUUGAGAAAAGUAAUAACGCCUUCAAGUCACCUGAGGAUUUCAAGGUGUCCCUCCCUCUUCGUACCAACUACCUGUACGGCCGCAUCAAGAAAAGCCUUCCAGAAAUGUACGCCUUCACCGUCUGCAUGUGGCUCAAGUCCAGUGCGAGCCCUGGCAUUGGAACCCCCUUCUCUUAUGGCGUACCAGGCCAGGCCAACGAGAUAGUGCUCAUUGAAUGGGGAAACAACCCUAUUGAGCUACUGGUGAACGAUAAGGUGGCGCAGCUCCCGCUGGCAGUGAGUGACGGCCGCUGGCAUCACAUCUGCAUCACCUGGACAACCAGAGAUGGCUUCUGGGAGGCGUACCAGGACGGGGAGCGUCUGGGCACCGGUGACAACCUGGCCCCCUGGCACCCAAUUAAACCUGGAGGGGUAAUCAUCCUUGGCCAGGAGCAGGACAUAGUCGGUGGCCGCUUCGACGCCACGCAGGCCUUCGUGGGGGAGAUGAGCCAGUUCAACAUGUGGGACCGUGUCCUAAGGCCUGUGGACAUCGUGGGUCUAGCCAACUGCUCAGCUUACAUGCCUGGCAAUGUGGUCCCUUGGAUUGACGCUAACGUGGAAGUGUUUGGCGGUGCAAGUAAAGCAGCCCUGGAGAUUUGUGAAGAUCGUGCUUUUGAUUCCUAAAGGAUCUUACAUAAGGAAUCCAGUAUGGUCACUGGGAUUCAGAAGCAAAGUAUUCCGACUGUUAGUUGCUUCUGUCAAAUCCCAGAGGAAGGCGGUAUCUGCAACCAUCUUUACAUAUUUAUAUGUUUGCCUGUGUAGUUUAUUGGGCUCACAUCUUGAUGUGUCUAUCCAAAUUAAAUCCUAAAGACAUUACAUGAAUGGUAACGACGUGACAUGCUGUCCUUCUGUGUUCCCUCCUCAGUAGAUCGGCUUUCUUUCAACUCCUCUCUGAAAAACUGCUCUUUUUAGUUGCAAUCCACACACACGCUGACAAUGCUGCACUGUAUCUGUGGCGCAUGUGCGCUCAAACAGACUUUGAUGCACUACGGAGCGGCGCUCCUGACGUACAGGGCGCACUACAUGCUGUGAGCUUCCUCACUGUAUGAGGAGCAGCGAGACAUCAAACCGCACGUGGAGCGAAAUGAGAUGGAUGCUUGCGAGCUCAAACAGACCGGCAGGCGUAUCCCUUGCACUGCUGGUUGUUUUGAGGCAUCCCAGCAGACAAGAUUGUCUAACAUGAGUGUGUGUGUGUGUGUGUGCAUGAGGCUAACUGGUGAAUGGAAAGUCCAGUUCAGGAAUGACGGCACAUGCUUUCUCUUAAUACACAGGGGGCUGGGGGUGGGGGAGGGGGCGGUUACCAAAAACAAAUCAAUGCAGCGUGAUGGUGACAUUACGCAAGAGUGAGAGAGCGUGUGUGUGUGUGUGUGUGUUCAUGUGCAUAUGGCUUGUCGUGCGUGUGAAAGGACCAGAGAUUAUGAGGGAGGGAGGACAUUUUCAAUCUUGUAAAUCUAUGCCUAAUACCCCCCCCCCGAGCAGCUGCCAUAUCCCAGCUUUAUGGAUGGGGUGGCUCUGUUCAGGUUAAUAGCAGUAUCGGACAGCUGCCCAGCACUGGCGUAUCGACAGAGCUGUGGAUGCCAGCCGAGUGCCCAGUGAGAGCAGGGACUGCGCGUGACCUUCAAGGACAUUCCUUAAUUCCUUAUCUGGGGUUGUAAUUAUCUGUGUUAAUGAACGAGCUUAGCGGCCCCAGAUCCACCGCCGCUUCAGUUGAUAGCGUUUGUCAUAAUCAGUGAAAUUUAGAGGAGAGUCAAAAUGAGAGGUGCACUCUGUGGACAUUGUGAAUGUCACCGUCAAGAAUUGAUCUCGAUUCAUGGAUAUGAUAUAUUUUUUGAAAGAAAUGGGAAAUCAAGUAAUUGAGGUGCCACUUAGUAAAUAAAAAGUGACGGCUUUGCAGGCUUAUGUUUCUGUCAGUCCUUGAUGUAACGGUAGAUAUUUUUGAUAUACUGUGCAGAACACUGAAAACAAAGCUUUUUGAUGGGGAAAAAAAAAAAGACAAAAGAGCUUCUUCUCUGUCCUGCUUGUGAACUCCUUACUCCUUAAUGGUAUAAGAGCCAUUUAAAAAAAUCAACAUUUGAACGAGGAAUGACGGGUGCUGGACAGUAUAGAAUGUUUCACUCAAAGGACUUGAAUAUGUCAACAUGUUGUAAUUGUUGCUCUUUUGAGAGUCUGUUCAAAAUGUUUUCAUGUAAAAUCCGAAAAGGUUUUGUACCUGCAGCAAGUGUAUUUUUCCUCAUUUUAUUCCCAUUAGCGGCACAUUAUGUAAAAAAUGCAGAAGUACUUAAAAAAAAAAAAGAAAGAAGAAGCUUUGUUUAAAUGAUGAAUGGCCUUUUGUGAGAACCAUAUGUGCUUUUGCUUGUGCACAGUUUGUAUCUUUUGAGAGGCGAAAGAGAAAAGGAAAAACGCUCGUUUUAUAUUUUGCACCUUUCUGCCACGUGAAAGUCCUUCUCUCACCCAGAUACACAGUCAAAGGUGUGGCAGUUAUCGCGGCCACUCGGUAAAUGCACCGCUGCGGUGAUGAGCUCCGAGUGUAACCCUGCCAAGGUCGCGCACCGCUCGUCACUUCAAACUUCAAACUGUGAUGGAGAUUAAAGCUUGCUAUUUUAAUGCAACACUCACACAGCUUUUUUUUUUUUUGUGAUUGUCCGGGUGGUAGUCACAUCAUAUUUGUAUGAGCAGCCAUAAUACACACCGAAGGAUGUGUCCUCUCACCGGGCACUGUAAUGCUGUCGACAGUGGAGAAAUCCUCCGGACUGGCAGACGUCCAGGUGGAAAUGAAAAGGAGAAAAAAAAAAAUAAAAAAAGAUAAAAAAUCGGCCCAUGUGGAUUAUGGGAGCUGCUACAAUGUAGGACACUGUGAGCUUUCUCCAUUCUCCUCGACACUGUGUGACGGGGGAGGGGGGGAGGCGUCCAACAGACUACUAACAAUGUCACAAGUAACAAUGUGCAAAAUGUGAUUAUUAUUUCAUUUCAUUUCUCAAUUUUACAUUGUAUCGCUACCGUAACAAUGUGCAUCUGUUUCUCAAACACAAACGAGCUAUUAAAAGGAAAUAUUUAAUAGUUUAAAAACACUUUGGAGAAUCUUCUUCUUGCUUUUCGCUUUGAUGAAAGAACGACGCGUCCAGCAGGACGGUUAUUUCUCUCAAACUCCAUGAGGAAGAAGCCCAUUUGUUGGGAGAGGAGACAUGAUGGCCACUGACAGAUGUUUGUGCUGGAGCUGAUGAUAAAUUGAUUACUGCUAUUACGUCAUCCCUUCUGCUUUAAUUGUGACCGUUCUCCCUCAGGUUGGCGUAAGACAAAUUACCUUUCAGAGGGUGUCACAUGGCACUAAUGAGAUCUAACCGAGACGGGAACGGAAGUGAAAACAUGUUGCAAUAUUCCAGUUGUCAUCUGUCUCUUUGACAGUGGUAUGAUUCAGCGGGGUGAACGCUGCAUCGCUGCACGUGUGCAUGUGACAGAAAGCAGGAGAUAUCUGAGGAGAUAUGUUCCAGUUAUUGUUUUGCUCCCACCGUGGCAAAGUUUGAAAGGGAGAUUUCCCAUGAGCAAGUGCUACAGCUACCAAUGUAAUGAUAGCAUCACUAAAACUGAAUUACCUAUUCAGUGGUGUUGCCAGCUUUCCCUUAUGAUAUGUCUUUCCACAUGACUGGAUACAGUGACAUUGACGUAUUGUUUUUUAUAAAGCUUUCCUUCAUAUCCACA